AUGGCAAAACUAAUGCAAGUGCUUUCAAAAACUGUGCGCCGAUUUUCGUCGGCUUUGUAUGUAACAGGUGAUAAAGCUCAAAGUCAUUUUGUAGUCCUCACGCCUUAUAUUGAUUUUGAUGAAAUAAUUAAAAAUAAAAAUGAUUUACUUAAAAGUAUACAAGCGCGUAAGUUAAAGAUUGAUUUAGAUAAAAUUGAGCGCCGUUGGAAUUUUUUUAAGAUGAUUGAUGAUCACAGAACUGUCCUUGAAUUCACUAAAACUGAAAUACAUAAUUUAAUAAAUAAACUAAAACAAGAGGGGGAAGAACAAAAUAAGAGUGAUAUCGAGAAAUUAUUAGUUCAUGUUAAAUUAGUAAAAGACGACCUAAAAAACGUGAAAGAAUAUAGUUACGGCCUUGAAGAGAAUGCUAAUUUGGGUGUUUUAUCCUUACCCAAUUUAUUACACCAUAAAACACCUCUUGAUUCUCAUACAAUUAUCCAUGAAUUUUUAGAGCAACCCAAACCGAUUUCAGAAAAUCACAUUCAAAUUGGUAAAUCCCUCAAUUUAAUUGAAUACACAAACCCGACUCUAUGUUAUCUAAAAUCAGACGCCGCUCUUUUCGAAUUUGCUAUAACAAAUUAUUUCCAGAUAACCUUACUAAAUCAAGGAUUCACCCAAUUUUCAAACGCUGAUUUUGCUCGUAGUCUCGUUGUCGAGGGUUGCGGGACCGAUUAUUUGGACAAAAAUAAAAUUUUUACUUUGGAUGGUUCAAACAACGAGAUAAAUCGGCUACAUGUGGUCGGGGGCGCCUCGUUGUACUCUUUCAUGGCAUAUUUCGCCAAACACUCAAUACAAUCCACUCUCCUACCUCUGAAAUUUUUUACAUUGGGGCGCAAAUACAGUCCUGGAAGUGGCCCCGAUUUAUUAAAUUUAAGUCAAAAUACGGUCGGGCAAAUUUUUGUAGCUACUAGUGAUAAUAGCAAUGAAAUUUUUGACAUACUGAUAGAACAAAUUCGUGAAAUUUAUGAACCUUUAAAUUAUCAUUUGCGCUUAGUUUACGCUCCCGCUGCUAGUUUAAAAGUAGGUGAAAGUUUGAAAGUUUCAAUAGAAAUGUUUUCGAAUUAUUCAGGAAAGUAUGUAGAAAUUGGUUAUUUGUCAUUGUAUGGUGAUUACAUAAGUAAACGACUUCUCUUUACUCACGGUAAAGAGAGGACGUUUAUUAAUGUAAUUUCUGGUGAAAUUUUAAACGUUCAAAGAUUUUUAGCUUGCGCUUUAGAAAACAGUUAUAAUGAAAAACCUUUGUUACCAAGUUUGUUACAAAAAUAUAUUUAAUUAAAUAAAAAAAACUUAAAA